UCUUAAAUAUUGGGUCUUUUUAUUUUUAUUUUAAUUAUUAUUGGGGAUGAAGGAGAAUCCAUAGAAAUAAGCGUGUACGGUUUUGAAGAUGAUCGAAUUUGGUUCUUGGGUGAUUUCUAGUUUUUUUUAGAAAUAUGUGGAAUUUUUUUUUUGUUGGAGAGAGACUCCCGAUGGCCUAUGCGUGUUUUUAGAGCGUGUUUGAUAACAAUAAGUUGUUUCCUGGAAUUGGAAACUGUUCAUCUUCUGUGUUUGAUAAAAGACGGGAAGGGUUUACUCAGCCGCUCAGCCACCCCUCUCUUCGCAAUUAGCCGCUCAGCAAGACAGCGACUCCACUGCGAAAGUUUUCUCUCGCUCUCUCUUCCCAGUAAAGGCAGCCUCUUGCCCAGUACUAUUCGCGGCUUUGCAACCUCAACAAGUACCUCAAAUCAGCACUGAAAAGUGGAAGCAUGCAUCUCAUUACCUGUUUUACAAGUGCUGGAUUUUUUUUUUUGAUAAUUUAUGCAAGUGUUGGAAUUGAGCUGCUAUGUACAACAUUGAAAACAAUUAAGGAAUCAUAACGAAAACUUGGGUAAUUUGUUUCUCAUGAUAGCUGGUAUAGAGAGGGAAAGGAGCCCAUAUGCUCUUCACCUUUCCUUUAUGGAACUCUUAUAGUUUUUACCUUCUCCAUAUGGCUCCUGCUCAAAUGAUAACCGGUGUAGAGCAAGAAAGCGUGGUCGAAAACUCGACUGGUUUAGAGGGAGCAAAGGUUUGUGAAAUUCUAAAUUCUGCUGUACCUAAAAUACCAUAUGAGGAAAGUUUAGAAUGCACAAACCAAUCAAGGGAGACCGAUUUGACUAUCAAUGACACCUCAGAUCAGGAUAAAAUGAACAAGGACAUCGGGUGUGAUACAAUCAUUGAUAUUGAAGGGAAUGUGGAUAAUGGGGACGUUCGAUGGUCUCAUGCUGUGGAAACCACCGAGUGUUCCAGUUCAUUUGGGGACACUUUGUCGAGCUUGGAUGAUGAUUGCAAGAGGAUAGUAAGUGAUCAGGAGGUGGAGUCUCAGUUUCAUGGUGAAAAUGGGUUUGCAAAUGUGAUUGAUGACUUCAAUGGAGGACUAAGGUUGAGAAAGAAGAAAUUGACUGCUGAAUGGAAAAAGUACCGCAACCCUAUCAUGUGGCGGUGCCAUUGGUUAGAAUUGCGGAUAAAGGAGCUUCAGUCCCAGGCAUCAAAAUAUGAUCGGCUACUUUUGGAAAUCAAAAGAAGGAAACCGUUGACGUUUGGCCAGCUUGCACAAGAUUCGUCCUCUGCAAGGUUCUUGCCUUUCUCAGCUCCCAAUCCAAGACUACCAGUGAAGAAAAGGAAGAGGAGGAAAAAUGUUGAAGAUACCAUUGAUAUGCAGUCCUAUAUGGCUCUUCAUCCAUUAUUCUCUUACUAUGAGAAGAGGAGAAAGCCAGAGGCAGAUGCUGUAUCUGUUGAUGAUGACUAUAAUAGUGUGCCAGUCCUCAAUGAAGAGCAAAAGAAUAUUCGAGUGGAUGAUUUUGGGGCUAGUCAUGCAUGGGUGGCAUCCGAAAUGGGGAGUAUGGAAACCUCACCGGAGCAAUUACUAUGGAGCCUAGAGGGCCUGCAAUCUCGUAUACUCAAGCUCAAGGGUCAGCUCAAUAAGGUGAAGUUGAAGAAUGCUGAUAAGUUCUCCUCAGUGGAGAAUUCAAUUGAUAGGCAGGCUAGCGCAGCUCAGAGCCCACAAGUCUCGCCAGUUAAUGGAGAUUCAGAUCCUCCUAUCGUUGGGUUGUAUAAUCCAUGCCAUGAUAUCUUGGACUUUGGUAGGGGUGAUUUGGGCAUUUCGGGAAGUGGGGUCUCAAGAAGUUAUGUGGUCUCAGGGAUACCUGAUCUCUUCGGCAUUUAUUCUGAUGCUGAUGUCCCAUUUGAUCCACCUCAUAUUGGAGAUGCUUGUGGAGAUUUGCAGAUGCUUGACGAAGUUUUAAUAGAAAACCAGGCAGCUUUAGGGGAAGAUUUGCCAGGCUUUGGGAAAGUCCGGGAAGAGGAGAUCAAGGAAGAAGAACAGGUGAACAAAGAGGAGAGAGGAUCAGAAACUGCGGCAAUGGGGCUCCCAGAAAUUCCUCUUUCUGACGAUGGGUUUGCACCAGAGUCCGAGUCAUUGAAGACUAAGCGGAAGCGUGCGCUACGUCGUGGGGCCUCACGUGGUUGGAAUGUCAAGGGCAUUUGCAAUAAUUGUUGAGAAUCCCGUGAAAUGAGUCUUGGAGGUGGAGGAUAUGUUAUGAAGGUCCCUCAAUUAAGGUACUCAGGUUCUUUUUGUAACUUUUUUUCUGUGUUUUGGGAAUGAUCAAGUAGGAAGAUUGCCGAAAAAUAUAUAGGAAAGGUCUACAACCUUUUGAUCCUUUCUAGUUUGUCGAAAUUAUCGCAUGAAUCCCUGUCCACAUCUCAAGGUCGGAUAGGGAUCCCAUGGUUGUGGCAAUGCUUUGAGAUUGAAGUGUGCAGUUUUUUGAGGAGGGUUUGGAAAGUCAUAUCACAUCCUGAGCAAGUAACAAAGUUAUUAUGCUAAAUGAUUAUUUGAUUGCCGUAAA